AUGGCUCAUUUCUUAAAAACAAUUAUUUUCUUUACUCUUUUUGCACUUCUUAAUGCUCAAUUAUACAAUGGAUGGAAUUUCGGUAGAUAUUAUGCAACAGCUCCAGCAAGUAUGGCAUUAGUUCACCCCCCUGCUGUAGCUGUACCAUAUAUGAGACCUGUUGUAGCAGCACCUGCUGUUUCUGUUGUUGGAGCACCAGCUGUUCCUGUUGCUGUUCCUGGAUAUGCUCCAUUUGCUGCUUCUGCUGUUUUACUUGGUUCAAAUAAGGGUGUAAAAAAGAACUAA